UCGUUCCAUCAUUUUUUGGCGGUAGCGGUACUGUACGACAUACCGGAAGUACCACCAAGCACUCAUCCAGUGAAGGUUGCCAGUUCGAGUGAAGGGAGCAGAGUACGUGGAUCGGCGGAGAGAGAUUUACCAUGGCAGCAACUAUUAAUCAAGUGAGGUCGUCGCUUUCCAAAAUGUUUAAGAGUGAGCGGUACAGCCCCUUCACUCUGCAGUCAGACGGAGAGAGCCACGUGGAGGUGAAGCUGUCUGAUGACAUAGAUGACCACGCCCCCUCUGAGCAGGCAGGCCAACCAGGGGGCUCGCCCUCCUACAGACCCCGCCCCAAGCGGAACUACCACAACGUGUGUUACCUGGCCCUUGGAAUCCUCUUUAUCUUCAUCAUUGGUUAUCUGAUUGGCUAUGUGAGCCACCGUUCUCCUCUCCAGGAGCCAAUCCCUUGUGAUUCUGAACAGGAAGUUCGCGUGGCUAAGGAGGCUGUAGUAGAAUACGCUCUAUCCUGGACCGACAUCACCAGCCUGCUGGCACGGAGACUGACUCCUGACGCCUUCAACAGCAGACUGAGUGAUGUUGAACAGACAGAUCACACAGCAGGGAGCACUGGAGACAACAUUCUGGGAAAUCAUGUGUUGGAAAGCUUUAAGAGUCUGGAGAUGGAGCCCUGGACUGACAUACACUAUGUCCAACUACAGACACCCAACAGUGAGAAGCCAAACCGUGUACUGAUUGGCCAAGAUGAGGUGUGCCAGCCUAAGGGCUAUCUGGCCUAUAGCGCCACAGGAAAAGCUAAGGGCAAGGCAGUGUAUGGUAACUAUGGGAGACAGGAGGACUUGGCACUGCUACAGACUCUGAAGGUUGAGCUGAAUGGCACCGUGAUUCUACUGAGAGCUUCAGGACAGAUCAGCCUGGCACAGCAGGUGGCUAAUGUAGCUGCAUUGGGAGUAUCUGCUGUGUUGAUUUACCCCGAACACAAGAAUCAAACUACUGAACUAUAUGGACAUGUCCAUCUAGGUUCUGGAGACCCCUAUACUCCAGGGUUCCCCUCCUUCAACCACACCCAGUUCCCUCCCACCCAGUCCUCUGGUCUGCCCAAUGUACUGGCCCAAAGCAUUACUGCUCAGACUGCUGUCAAGAUACUAAAACGUAUAGGUGGGCCUGAUUCUCCUCCCAGUUUUAAAGGAAACCUGGACAAUGUGAAGUACACCCUGGGAGGGGCCAGUAGUGAGGAUGUCACAGUGGAGGUGAACAACGUGCUGCAGGACACCGAGAUACACAACGUCUUUGGAGUCAUCAAGGGCUUCACAGAGCCAGAUCGGUACGUGGUACUGGGGGCUCAGAGGGAUGCGUGGGGUCCAGGCUACGCUAAAGCCACUGUCGGGACCACACUGCUGCUGGAGCUGGCUAGAGCUGUGUCUGAGAUGGUGCACACAGAUGGUUUCCGUCCCAGGAGGAGUCUGGUGUUUGCCAGUUGGAGUGCAGGAGAGUACGGCAGUGUUGGAGCUACAGAGUGGCUGGAGGGUUACCUCUCCUCUCUGGACAGAAGAGCUGUCACCUACAUCAGCCUGGACGGAGUAGUAACAGGAAAUUAUGCUGUCAACGCGUCUGCCAGUCCCCUGCUCCACAGCCUUCUGGAAAGCACCAUGAAGGAGGUGAAGAAUCCCAUUGGUUUUGGAGAGUCUGGGAAGUCUCUGUAUGAUCAGGUGUCUGGAGUCAACUUUGAGAAGGCAGUGUUUACGCCCAUGCAGAUGGAAGACUCUGCAUAUCCGUUCCUGGCCUUCUCUGGAAUCCCCUCUCUCUCCUUUCGCUUCGUCUCUCAGGAGGUCUACCCUCACUACGGCACCUCUUUUGACAACAAGGAAUACCUUGGUUUCGCCACCUCCCAUCGCCUUGGUUUCAUAGCCACUGGGGCGGGAUUGGUCGCAGGUCAGCUGGCGUUACGACUGGUCCACGAUCACGUGCUGCGUCUGGACGUGCAACGCUACAGGAAGGUUCUCGGCCAAUCGGUGGUCAACAUAAACCGGCGCCUCAAACAAGUCACCCGGGAUGGUUCUGCCGAGGGUCUGUCAGCUCGUUGGCUCAUCAUGGCCUUAGGGUCCUACAGUAGAGCUGCUACUGACCUCAACACCGAACUACUCAACACCGACCUCACUGACAUACAGGCCUGCCACAACAUCAACGACCGCAUCAUGAGGGUGGAACACAACCUCCUCUCACCAUUUGUCUCCCCCAAGGAGGUUCCGUUCCGUCACCUGCUGUUUGGCCAUGGUUCCCACACCAUGGCAGCCAUGUUGGAGGGGGAGGACAGGGAGGCACUGCGGACCCAGCUGGCCCUGGCCACCUGGACACUACAGGGCUGUGCCAAUGCUCUCUCUGGAGACGUCUGGGACGGCGACAGCCAGAUCUAACACGGUCUAACUGUGUGUGUGUGUGUGUGUGUGUGUGUGUCAGGGGGUUCAGCCUCAUCCUUGUUCACUUUAAAACCCAGGAUUAGAUAACGAGGGAUUAUGUCAUAACGGACACCAGGAAGUACUGUUUUCAAGUUGGUCCUUCCAGUGUCAGUCACUGGGUUGUCACUAUUUCUCACAGCCACAAAGUCAAUUGUCUUGUGAAAAUUCAUGAAAAUAAACAUUUGCUUUUUAGUCUUCAUUUUAAGGUUAGGAUUAGGCAUAAUGUUAGCAGUGUGGUUAGGUUUAAAAUCAGAUGUUAAGAAGAGAAAUUGUAGAAAUAGUGGGGUUUAGCCGUAACUGUUGUAACGAGUGAUGACCCAGUCACUGGACUUCCUGAAGAAUGUUGAGAUUGGUGACAUCACUGUCUGAUCCCUCUUCAUCUCAUCCCCCCCACCCCCCACCCCAACCUAAAGCCUUGCUCACUACUACAGAGACGACCUCUAACCCCUUGGAGCCUAUUUAUAUUUUAUUUAUCAGUGGCAGAGAUCACUAUAAAUGUUAUCAGUUUGAUAAAGAUAUUGUUUAUAUUUAUGAAGUUAUCGGAAGCAGUGCCUUCCAGAUUUAUGGCAGUUUCAUGUCGUUCAUUUGGGUUAAGAGUUUAUUUAUUUAUCAGUGCCAGUGCUCACUAUAAAUGUUUAAAUGUCGUUUCGUUUUUUAUAAAAGUUAUCGGGAGCUGUGCCUUCCAGACUUAUGACGGGUAGGCGUUCGUUUGGCUUUUGAUAAAGUUAUCGCUUAAUUUUAUAAAGUUAUCGGAAGCAGUGCCUUCCAGACUUAUGACGGGUAGGCGUUCGUUUGGCUUUUGAUAAAGUUAUCGCUUAAUUUGAUAAAGUUAUCGGAAGCAGUGCCUUCCAUACUUAUGACGGUUAUACUGUCUCCUACUACGGCAGCAUCUGCUGAAGCAACAGAGUCACGUAAACAGACAGCCUGACCACCCAAGGUCCCAUGACAGUUUAAAUAUUCAGUUUGCCUUGCUGUUUAAUAUUGAGACCGACACGGAACCGCUUUAAUAUGGAUGAAACAUUCUGAAAAACUGUCCAGCUACAGAUGGUCAGACUUUCUCUGUAUACACAACUCUGUUAACAGAAAUACACCACCUGCUGCUACCACGCUACUAUGGAAACAGAAACCCGCAGCAACAGGGUAUCGCCACAGAAACGUUGGGUACCCGACAGCGGCGGUUGUCAUGACUCACAUUUUGAUUGGCUGAAAUGCAUGCACUUAAAUUCAGAGUGUUGAAUUUGGCAUGUUUUAAACAUGUCAGAGCUAGCUACCUGGGCCACAUCUGAGAUUUCACCCUGUUUUAUAUAUAGCCUUAAAAGACUGGUUCAAAUUAGUGAACUGAAUAGGGUGUCAUUUCAGAUGCAACAUCAAGGAAAACAGGCUCAAAUCUCACCUCUUUUAGCUGAACUUAUUAAAGGAGCUUUAUAUAGUUUAUAUAGAGUUUUAUAUCCUGAAAUAAUAUCAUUCAGGCAGCAAAAGAGCCAUUUCUGUUAACCAGUCUUAUUUUGGAGCAGUUUAUAUUUCUGAUCUGAACCAUUAUCGGGAGCAGUGUCUUCCAUAAUGACAAGCGUUGAUGGUAGUUUUUACCUACCAGUGUGUGUUUGUAUGUAUCGGGGGCAGUGACUCCCAUAUUUCACCGAAGGGUGGAGUAACUUAUCGGGAACAGUGUUUCCCAGAGUUUUAGAACUAUAUUUUUCUUUGUGUUCACAGUCUAGUAUGUGUGUCCUCUUUCUGUGUGUGACCUGCUACUGCUCUUGUUCCCCUCUGAACUACUUGUAAUGGAUAAGUCCUACCUACCAGUGGAGGUUGCUGAGGGUGGGCCGGCUCAUAAUAAUGGCUGGAACGGAGCGAAUGGAAUGGUAUCAAACGCAUAGAAACCAUGUUUGAUACCAUUCCGCUUCAGCCAUUACCACGAGCCCGUCCUCCCCAAUUAAAGUCCCACCAACCUCCUGUGCGUCCUACGGCAUGUUACUGUAUUUUCACUUAGAAAUGCAAUCCCUACAACAGGUAUUCCCAUUCAGGCCAAUAGCAUUCUAUUCCUGUGUAUUUUCCCAUGCAUUAUCAGACACUGAAACUCCUGUUGUAGCUGUCCGCUAAAUAAUAUUGUUCUUUUGAUUAUUGAUCACACUGUCAAUCAGGUAACUAGUAACAUUUCUGUUAGACUUGUCAGUGCUAGUCUGAACUCAUACACGUUCAUCUAACUGUUCUACCACUCACUUGGUGUGUGUUACAAUGCUGUAGAGGACAGAGUAUGGGUGCUUUUUAGAGGUUUUUGUACUAUUAAGUUCUAUUUUUCUGUUGCGCUUCAAUAAACCUUUUGGCUUAGCAUA